AUGUUACUUCGAGUGAUUGCCUGUGCUUUUAUCUGGCUUUGCUCGGUAGAUGCCAAAAGCCAAGAUGGUACAGGUUCACGCUAUGAUUUCGUUAUAGUCGGAGGAGGAACCAGCGGGUUGGUCGUUGCCAACCGACUCUCGGAGAUGAGAGAUGUCACUGUGGUGGUCAUCGAGGCGGGCGACUCCGUUCUGAAUAACUAUAACGUCUCGACGACCACGGGAUACGGCCUCAGCUUUGGAACAUCGAUUGACUGGGCGUACCAGACCGAAGACCAAAUCUACGCAGGCGGGUCAAAGCAGACCAUGCGUGCCGGGAAGGCCAUCGGUGGCACCAGCACGAUUAACGGCAUGUCUUAUACGCGAGCGCAAAAGGCACAGAUUGAUGCUUGGGAGAAGGCCGGAAACAAAGGCUGGAACUGGAACAACCUCUUCCCUUACUAUCUCAAAUCAGAGCAAUUCCAAGUUCCAACCGCCGAGCAGGCUGCGCGCGGUGCCGACUACUACAAAAGCUACCAUGGCGACCACGGGCCUCUGAAAGUUGGUUGGCCGAAAGCAAUGACCAACAGCAGUCUACUCCCCAUUCUCGAUGAAACCUUCCAGCACCUCGGGGUCUCCUACAACCGGGAUGUCAAUGGAGGUAGUAUGGUAGGGCUCACCGUUCACCCUGACACACUCGACAGAGAGUCCAACGUCCGUCACGAUGCUGCCAGGGCGUAUUUUUGGCCCUACGAGAAUCGCUCAAACCUCAAGAUCAUCUCCAACACCUAUGCGAACCGGAUUGUUUGGGGUGACGACUCGGACGGAGAUGCGGUGGCCAUCGGGGUGGAGGUGGCCGGAGUCAAUGGGAUUGAAAUCAUAUAUGCCACCAAGGAAGUCAUCUUGUCGGCAGGCUCAUUGAAGUCCCCUGUGCUUUUAGAGCUUUCAGGAAUUGGGAAUUCAGAUCGCUUGAACCAGCAUGACAUUUCACUGAAGGUCAAUAUCUCUUCUGUCGGCGAGAAUCUGCAGGACCAGGCGAAUAACGGACUGUCCUAUGAAGGCAAGGAAUUUUGGCUUGGUCUUCCAACCUUCUCUGCUCUUCCAUCAGCAGAACAGAUAUAUGGGAACGAGUUAUCGGACUUUGCAUCCACGGUGUCUGAGAGUCUCGGCGACUAUGCAAGGAAUGUUUCCAUUGCAUCGAAUGGGGCAGUCGAGGAGGCCAAUGUACUGGAUGCUCUCCAGAUGCAGUACGACCUGAUCUUUGAAUCCCACGUCCCAUUUGCGGAGAUUGUCCUCCUUCCUAUCGGGCAUUCAUUCUCUAGUGAAUACUGGCAGCUAUUGCCAUUCUCCAGAGGCCGAAUUCACAUCCAGUCAUCCGAUGCGUCUCAGCCACCGGCGAUCAACCCGAGUUAUUUCAUGUUUCAGCCAGACCUGAAGGCACAAGUCGAUGUCGCGCAGUUCAUCCGAAAGGCAUUCUCGACAGCUCCGCUCAAUCGCCUGGUUGGUGAGGAAUUCGCACCGGGCGUUGAACACGUCCCAGAGGACGCACCAGAUGCCGUGUGGGAAAGUUGGGUCAAGUCAAAGUAUCGAUCCAAUUUUCAUCCGGUUGGCACGGCGAGUAUGCUUCCCCGGGACAAAGGUGGUGUUGUUGGCCCUGAUCUGAGGGUAUACGGCACAAAGAAUGUACGAGUUGUCGACGCCUCCGUGGUGCCAUUCCAACUCUGUGGUCACUUGACCAGUACUCUCUACGCUUUGGCAGAGAGAGCCUCCGAUUUGAUCAAGAGGAGAUACAUAUUUUGA